AUGCCCCAUCAAGAGUCCAGCACCGAGAGAAGAUAUAAGCCAUGUCAAGUGUUAUCAGACCACCAAAUCCCCUACGUCAUCUGGUUCGAAGAUGCUCUUCGCCAUUAUGAUGUUCCUACAUUCAAGUUCAAUCUCUUUCUACUUGUCUCGGACCUUGACAGGGCAGCUGAAUUACUCAUCAAGGCUGGAUGGGUUAUUGAUUCGCAAGGGCCACGUAAAAUCGGAAAUGCGAAGGUGGAACUCCCACAAAAACAUCUUGUUGCCCCGACCAGCCAGACAAUGACUGUUCUUCUUCCAGCUGAAUAG